CAAAACCAAUGAAAAUCUUUAAAAACAAGAAAAAUGAAUGAAAAUACUGGAGUAAGAAAUAUUUUCCUGAAAGAAAUGGUUUCUUAUUUAUUUUGCCGGCUGAAAUGUUGAGAUUGAGGAGUUAUACGUGAUGUGCCAUGUUUUAUACUUAUUUGUGUAAGAUUAAAUUGUAAAAUGAUGGUUUCUAAAUUGAAUUGUAGCUGUGAAUUAUUGUGUUUUUGAAUUUAAAAUGUUUGUGGACGUUUUCCGUGAUGUGAUUUUGGAAAUAAAUUAAGCAGAAUGGCGCGAGACGGUGACUUGCCAACUAUUUUCAACCCUAAGAGAGUGCGCGCUCCUUCUGUGAUAAUUACGAGCGAGGAAGUGGUAGAGAGUGAACGAGGUGGUGGUGAUGGGGAUAGGGAUCGUCCGAAUGGUCCCCCGACGCCGCUGAGUCCUCGGGCGCCUCUGACUCCGCAGGCAUCGGUGUGCUCGGCUCCGCCGCUGACUACUCAGCCGUCGCUGCAGCAGGCCUAUAGUGAGUCCGCUGCUAGCAGCCAGGAUGAGGAGCGGCAGCUGCGUGACAAGAAAUGCCCUCGAUCUUGUUGCUCAAAAUUUGCUAAGAAGAUAUACUAUGGUAUUUGUGUAAUGCUAACAUUGACUGCCAGCUGGGUGACGUCCACCCACUGUAUAAAACACAUGUACCUCGAGGAAUAUCCACCAACCACCCAUGGCAUGGUAUACACCACAGAGUCGUCCCCUAUGGUCAAUAACUUUACUAAGCCACAUAACAAUCAUCUGUACAACGCACCAUUCUUUACGGCUUGGUUUUGCACCAACUGGUUGAUAUUCUUUUACCCACUCUACCUGAUAGUAAUGCUCAUACACAACAAGUGUAAAUCUGCCAAUGAUAUUGUGUUUGAUGCCUUCAGUGAUUUUAAGGAGAAGGGGUUCACUUUUGCACGAUUCAUAAGCCGAUGCGGUCUAUUCUGCCUGCUAUGGACGGUCACCAUCUACAUGUACACCUAUGCACUGAAGAUCUUACUGUCCACUGACGUGAUGGCACUGUUCGCCACUAACGUAUCAUGCAUCUACCUUCUCUCGUGGGUCAUACUACACGAACAGUUUGUGGGAGUCAGGAUCGUAGCCGCGAUACUAUGCGACACGGGUAUCGCUCUCUUGGCGUAUAUGGAUGGCAUUACAGGCAGCUCAACUCUUGGGGGCGUGGUCCUAGCUGCCUGUGCGGCCGCUGGCUUCGCUAUAUUCAGAGUGUUAUUCAGGAAGGUAAUGGGUGACGUGAACUCUGGUCAGCGAGCCCUCUUCUUCUCGAUCCUGGGCAUAGUGAACGCUUCGCUGCUGUGGCCGCUGUGCUUAGCGCUGUACCUCACCGGCUCCGAGAUGUUGCCGUCACAUCGCAUGCCCUGGAUUUAUCUGCUCGUCGCUAGCAUUGCGCUGCUUAUUUUCCACCUGGUAUUUCAAUUCGGCAAUAUCAUCACGUACAAUAUAUUUGUCUCGCUCGCUCUUAUCACUGCGGUUCCCGUAUCAGCAGCGUUGGAUGUCGUGCUAUACGGAGUACAAUUCGAGGGUAUGAACUUGGCUGGACUGAUAUUGAUUGGCGUCGGUUUCUUCUUGGUCAUGUUCCCGGACAACUGGCCCGAUUACAUCAUGAGACUAUUGAGAUGGAGCCGCAGCCGCAAACGCGGCACAAACGGCACGGGCCGCAACCGGGACGCCAUGGACUACCGCACGGGCUACAUCAGGUCGCACCUGCGCUCGCCGUCCGGCCGCGUCAGGUGACCGCCCGAGCCCUAGCAGCCGCUCCUCGUGGUCGCCUGCGCGCCCGGGUGCUACGAGCUUCAGGUCAGGAAGUCGGUUUGAACCGGUUAGUGCUAGCUCUGUGAUGCCAGAUCAGGUCUUUGCAAGACCGUGCCAGAUCAGGUCUUUGCAAGAUUGGGUCUUCUGUCAGAUUCGGUCUUUUCUGUAAUAUAUUGUCUCUUUUGCAAUGUAGGGUCUUUUUGGUGUCUGUAUGGUUAGGUUAAGAAUGAAUGGUCUUUAAAGUUGAAAUCGAAGUAGAGGAGACAGAUUGUUAUCCAUCAUUUUGAAGGUCAAAAAUUGUGCUGAAAAGUUUUGAUCAAAAAGAUAUGUGCGAGUUGGUUUCUGAAGAUCGAGAGUCUUUGUUCUGUUAAUGUUUUCAACUUUAAACAACUUUGCUGUGAAAUAAACAUUAUGAAGUUUAAAUUUUUUUAUUAUUCUGGAAUCACCUUCGCUUCAUAUAAAAUCUUCAUCUUUUGUACCUAAAUUGGGGGAUUUUAGCAAAGAAUAGGCGCGAUGUUCAAUGCGGUAUCCUCAUUUCUCUUGGAACAUAUUAGAAAAAACUAUGUUUUCAAUCUUUAUAUUUCUGGUAGUUAAGACCUAUUGAUUUGGAUCGUCUGGCAAACAGAGCUAAGAUUAAGCCGCGAGAUACAUCGAUCGAUAUUACAUAAAAUGUUUUCGCUUAGUCUAGUGGUUACGUAGAUUCGUGUGCGUCUCGGCACGGUAGAAUAAUCGAUUCAUAGUUAAGUUUGCGCUAAAAAUCAUUCAUAUUUUGCUGGGUUACAAUUAUUUUAUUUUCUAGUCGGGUUAUCGCCUUAUCGUUUGAGCAAAUGCUUUGCCCGACUAGGAAAAAAACAUUCGAUUUGAUAAUAAAAUUGAAUUUUGUGAUUUGAAAAAAAAAAGAAAAAUACAGCGCAAACUUUUGAAAAUAGUUGUUAAAACACAUUCCAGCUAUAUUUCCUGCCCACUGGGCAACCUUAAGCCACUGUCCAAAAUGUCCACUAUCAAUAUUCCAAUUUAAUAUUAAUAUUUAUCUUUCAAUGUAACAUUCUCACUUCUGACUAACACUCCCUAGUACUGAUUAUCCUAGCAAGUUUUAGUUAUAAAUACGUAACUCGGCACUCGAAACUAUUCUUAUCUUAUGGUACUUGCAUACUUAUCUCGGUGUUGUGAUCCACCCGUAGAAUUAGUGUAGGUUUAGGACCAAUUAAAGGUAUGAAGAAAGGACGAAAAUUGUGUGUAUUGUGAUAGCAAAAAAAUUACAAUAGUUUCUAAAAUAGAUAAAACUCAAAUGAAGACUUCAUGCUUUCUAGUUUCAAUUUUCGAUGACAAUAAUAUUAUAGAAACUGAUAAUUAUAAUAAAGAUUGCAUAAUUAAAGUAUUUCGUGGCGAAUAAAACUUUAUUUCAUACCUUUAAAGGUCCUCGGGAAUGGCUUCCGAAUUUGUAUCUUAUUACUCGAUCUCAAAGAAUCUAGUCAAAUAUUAUAGUCAGGGUAAAUUUUAUAAUUAGAAAUAACAAUAAUUUAAUAUUACUAUGAAAGUCGAUAUGUAGCCGGAUCGAUGCUAAAUCGCUUAUAAAAAGGGUAUUCGCAUGCUAUAUGCAAAUAGGAAAUGAUAUGGGGAAUCGUAAAGGUGAACUUUCAAGCAUGGACGUAUGAUGUACGUUUUGAAUAAAUCUACUGAACAGCCCAACUAGUAUAUAGCUAAAUAAGCAGAAUUUUACCAGUUUCUCAAGUUUUAUCAUCUUUCAAAAUAUUCUAAUUAACAUUGUCUUAACUUUUUAGGCUGUUCAGUAGAUGGAGAAAGGUGAAUUCAAUAAUCUUUGUCAAAUACUCUUCAAUCUUACAUAUUCGUAUUGUCGAACACUUUAGUUUAAUUGUCACGUUUCCCUGUAUUGUAUAAGUAUUACAACCGCCCCAAUGUAGUGUUAACUCAUAUUAUAUCGUAGCACUUUAUUGAAACUAUCAUAUAUAAUGGAUGUAACGUAGACAAGUAGCCAUUAGUAUCACGUUGUCCGUUUUCGGAGUUUUAUAGAUGCGUUACGACGUUUUUUAAGGAUUGAAGUUUGAGCUUAGUUGUCGAUGGAAGGAGGUUGAUUCAACUGUUGUUACUGUAACAGACGUGUACAUGUAUAAUAUAAGAGUAAGUUGGAGAUUAGAGUCGCGGAGAUAAUUUUCGCUGAGUUUUGACGCACAUUGGCCAUCACUAAAUUAACCUUUUUAAAAUUAAUUUCCAUAAUAGUCGAAUGCAGAUGCAGUUCUAAAGCAGAUCCUGCGUAUCCCACUUAGUACUAUAGUGACCUCUUGGACACAAGAGCAUACGAAGAAUUGCGGUUCUUUAGAAUGUUUUACCGCCAAAAUGCAAAAAUCCAAACCUUUACUUGAUCUUAUAUAAUACAAGUACGCACGAUUGACGCAGAUUGGUAUAUUAUGUCGCGGGUAUCGAUUGCUCGGUGUCGUUCACAUGUUACUUUAUGACGAUAAGCGAUAGGACGAUUCGUUACGUCUUGCAUAACUUAUGCCUGACCUAAUGACGGAAGCAGGUGACGCUCUCAAUUACGCGGUACGUACCUUGAAAUUAUUUCAUGUUUGCACAGUAAUUAUGUUGAGAUAGGCAAGUUGAAGGAGUAUGUAGAAGUUCAAGAUGGGAAUCUGCGUUCAUAAACUUUUGAUAUCGCUGUGAAAUUAUUUACAAUAUUAAACAAGACCGUCAAAGUCUUUAGCUUGCAAUGCUUGCAAAGUCUUUGACUUCAUGACAGUUAUCAUUGGUUCCGGACAGCAUCCUGCUACUUACAUUAUUGUACCAUCUGCUCAACCUUCGCCUAAUAAACUUGACACACAAACUGUUACGUGAAAUAAUCUCAAACGUUGCUUAAUUAAUACGUAAACAAAUAGAAGUGCAAGCACAACUCACUCAGCAGAAAAUACUCAGUCAGCUUUACAACGAUACCAGAAUUUCAGACUACGCAAUAAUGAAUUUUAGUUAUUAUUGUACGUAACAUGUAAACGAGAUCCAUUAAAAGUUUCUAAACAUUGUAUUGUACCCAUUCAAAUGUCAUAAAAUUAAAUACAUUAUUAAAGUUAAAACAAUGUAACACAUGAUGUUAACCAUUGUUUUGAAUGGUUUGUUUAUAGUUCGUGCCUUUACAAGUUGAAGUGUAUGUACCUUUGUUGUUAGUUGUUGGUAUUUGUUAGAGUACGCCUCAUUGUUUUGUUGUUCGAGAUGCCUCAUUUGCACUAGGACGAAGGUCGAUUUGACCGCUCAAGGUGGAACUAAAGGUUUAUCUGUCUGGAUUCAUUCAACACGUAGAGAAAUCUGACUUCAUAUUCCCGAUCUAGUGUAAAUAAGACAUCGCUUAGUUAAUCGUUCAGUAUCAUUAAAGUUGACUAUUAGCAUUAUGUUCUAAUUAAUCCAACCUCGAUAUAAGUUCUAUAAUACUCAUCUAGUGUACUCCUUCUAUCUGUACCUUUGCUAAACCUUUUAAUGUGUUGUUGUAUACCGUCGACGUAGACGUAAGCCGUCGGUUCUGUUCGUUAUGAUUGUGUGACUGUACCUCGUAUCGUCUUAGCUCAAUGUCUCUGUUGUGACUGAUGUUUUGUACCACGCUUACUGUACAUACCUAUUUAUUUUUAUAUCGUCUCAUUUAUUUUAGAUAACUAUGUAGUUCCGUGAUUUGUAUUUCAAUUAAGUAAAAUCUAAAUAAAUAAAAAGAUAAAUCAAAAAUAUAAAAUGAAAACUUUUGUAAUUUGAUGAUCUCAAUGAUUAAUGAUGUUAAAAAUUUUGUACAUUGGUUAUUGUUUCUACAGUCUUUAUUGCUCGUUUUUAUUAUAAAAUUUUAAAGACUGAAUUAAAUGAAAGUUGACUAAAAUUCAAUUAUGCAGUCAUGGAUGUUAGUCUAGUGUUAGUUCAUAGGUGAUACUGAUGAUAAUGUUUAAUUCGGUACGUAGAGUACGUAGGGUCUUGUAUAUCGGUGUCUAGAGUUAGGUAAUAACUGAUAACUUGUAUUUAGGACUCACGUGGUUCGAGUAGUGCAACCUUAUGUGUCUAACAUUUACCGCGAGUAGUGAACACGAGAUAACACCUUGGCCCCUGUGAUUCAUUUUGUUAAUAAUUAAACGUAGACGUAAUUUGUUGGUCAUGAAAUAAAAUUUGUCAUAAA